UAAAUAUUUUCGAUUUUCUCGUAAAUCGCACCCGAAUUCCUCAAACAAGUGAACAAUGAUUGCGGCUAUACUUUCCAUAGCCUUGUCCCUUGUAGGGACAAUUUUUGGCGCUCCAGCCGAUCCAGUCUUCAAAUUGACUGACAACGAUUUUGACCAUUUUUUGAAAGACAAAGAGACAAUGUUGGUGGACUUUUAUGCACCUUGGUGCAGCGACUGUGCCAGAUUAAAGCCUGAGUUCGACAAAGCCGCAAAUGAUUUUGCUCGGAAGGGAAAAUUUGUUUUCGCUAAGAUUGAUUGCUUCGGCGAGGGAAGAAGCAUCUGCGAAAACAGAUUCAAUGUACACAGCUGGCCUCAAUUGAAAGUUUUCCGCCGAGGUCAAUAUGCGGGAGAAUACAGCGGAAACCAAGACAAAGCUUCUAUUGAAAGAUUUGUGAGCAGCCUUAUUAAACAAAAAGUGCCAGAUAAUAUUGGUCAGGACCAACCCCAGGAAAACCCGUCGGCAAUCAAAGAGAACCCGUAUGGCCCCUGGUACCAAAACGGAUGGACUUAUACGGCAGUGAGUCCUGGAAAUGUCCCUUAUCAGAACCCACCCGGCUGGAAAAGAGGAUAAGGCUGAAAAUAUGCCCAAAAGAAAUUAACACUUAACAUAGACCCGCAGCAAUUUAUGAGAGCCUAAUGAUCAAUGGCUACAGCAGUUCACUCAUGGAAAAGAGGUCUAGUUUCCGUGCUAAACCAUAUUAUUUCAACCAUAUUAUACGCAGUCGCUGAACUUGUUAAAAUGUUGCAUUUUGAAGCGUGCUAGUAAUGAGAAAAUUAUAUGCUUUUUGUAAAAAUUAAUCGAGGGAAGAUAUUCCUUUCCUCUUAAGCCUGUUUAUCUACUUUCGAACAAUUUAUUCCAACACUAGCAUUACUUUAAAGUGAAAGUAUUUCAAAUGAAUUUCUCUGGAAUGAAAAAUUUCAACUUGUCAAUAAGUGUGCUAAGUUUGUUUUGUUUAAUUAAACGCCAACUUAAGAGUUCUUUAUCAGAUUUGAAAUGGCCCCUGAUAUUGAGGCAUCAAGAACACUUUCUCUUAGUCGUUACAAAAUGGACGUUCGAACGUGUAAAAAUUAAUUUUUUUCUUCUGUCUAAAUCUGCCAUAAAUCUGCCAUAAAUAGAGCAGCAGAAAAACUAGUGGCAACGGAGCUGUAGAAAAAUUUGGUGUUGAUUUACUGAAAAGCAGACAAUUUACAGAGUAGAGACUAUUCUUGCAAGGAGUGAAAGCAACUAAAAUAGACAAGAAUCCAGAUGAAGCAGAUUCUAAUCUCAUUUCAGAUCUGGAAGACAUGUUAGGUUUCAUAACUAAUAAAUUUGUUUCCAUAAAGAUCA